AAAUAAAACCGCACGGACUCGCAACAGCUGCCCUACUUAUGCGAAAAGGAAAGGCCAACCUUGGUGAAUCAGAAAAUAAAAGUCAUAAUUACGUCAAACAUGAAGACAGAUAUCAAUGAUCCAUGGUGUGGAAUAGUUGUACCAGAUUGCAACGACAAUAAGUGCAACAAUCAUUUUGAAGACUCUUUUGUAGAAUAUCAGUCGAGAUGUAAGAAGCUUGUUGAUUCCGAAGAAUAUUUACAGAAACUUUAUUCCAGACUUAGAAAUCUUGAAAAAGAGACAUCAAAGAAAGAUCUUGUAGCAUCUUUAGCAGAAGUGAAAGAAGAUUAUAUCACACGAAUGAUAACUUCUGGGCACAGACUUGAAAUAGAAGAGGAAACAGAACUAGCUUUAAAUCCUUUAAUUAGACAUCUAGCACCACAUUUACAAGCAGUAACUGCUAGUGAAUUAGUUCAUCUUUUAAAAGCAGAUGUUCUUCAAGUAGUUACAGAAACUGAAAAUAAUAAGGAAAUUAUAGAAAACUCAUUAAUGAAUAAGUAAAUUCAAAGAGUAAAGCAGUAACUUAUAUCUU